AUGCCUAGCGUGUCGACCUCUCCGCUUUUGGACACUUCCGACAUCGAGCUUUUGCGUCGAAAGCUGGCCGAUGAUGUCCGCAUCGAACGCUAUGUUCCUUUGGCUCCCCCAGCAUUGGUGCAAUACGAAAUCCCCCACACAGCCAACAGCCUUCUCACGGUACUGAACAGCCGCAUUGAGGCUCGUGAUAUCAUCCGCCAAAAUGAUGAUCGACUCCUGGUGUUGGUCGGUCCCUGUAGCAUUCAUGAUCCCGAGUCUGCUAUCGACUAUGCAACUCGUCUUCGGGAGCUCUCUGACGAACUUCGGACCGACCUAUGUAUUGUCAUGAGGGCUUAUUUGGAGAAGCCUCGGACAACUGUGGGUUGGAAAGGCCUCAUCAACGACCCCAACGUCGACGACACCUUUGACACAAACAAGGGGGUUCGGGUUUCUCGACAACUCUUAGUCUCAAUCACUGAUCUUGGAGUGCCAGUGGCAUGUGAGAUGCUUGAUACCAUCUCACCGCAAUACACGGCAGACCUGAUCAGUGUUGGCGCUGUAGGAGCCCGAACUACUGAGUCUCAGCUCCACCGUGAGCUGGCCUCUGGUCUUUCAUUCCCUGUCGGAUUCAAAAACUCCACAGAUGGCUCUGUCGAAACCGCCGUGGACUCGCUGAAGUCGAUGCGUGGGCGUCACCACUUCAUGUCAGUCACCAAGCAGGGAGUCAUCGCCACAACUAGCACCAAGGGUAAUGAGGAUGGUUAUGUCAUUCUGCGUGGUGGCAAGCGAGGCACAAACUUCGAUGCCGCGUCUGUCAAGGCCACCCGUGAGCUCCUCCGUUCAAAAAAUGAACGGGAAGGUCUAAUGAUUGAUUGUUCUCAUGGCAACAGCUCCAAGGAUCAUCGGAACCAGCCCAAGGUCCUCAAGGUCAUCGAAGAACAGCUUCGCCAAGGCGAGGACGGCAUCAUUGGCGUUAUGGUUGAAUCAAACAUCCGCGAGGGCAACCAAAAGCCGCCGUCCAAGGGUCUGGAAGGUUGCGAAAAGGGCGUGAGCAUCACUGACGCAUGCAUUGAUUGGGAGACGACCGAACAGUCCAUGCGCUCGCUGGCCCAAGCUGUACGGGAUCGCCGCAUACGUGCCUCGGUUGGAAAGAACUAA